AUGCCCGUCCUUACCCGCCAGGCCAGACGAGCGCAAGGUCUUCCACCCCCAGAAUUACCCGCUCCGGAGCCAAAACGCAAAGCUCCGCGGAAACGACUACCAUCCAAGACGUUGAAGCCACAGGAGCCUUUACCACGCUCUAAAUUACUUCCGGCUAUAACCUCUCGUCGACCUGCUCCACUGGCCACGCCAGUACGCUCCUUAUCACCUCUCACGUCUUUGGCUCCCUCCUCAACUACUGAAUCAUCGACAUUCGGUUCUCGCGCUUCUUCCCUCUCGAGUGAGGCAACCAUAUAUGAUACGUCGACAAACGCUGUCCCGGCUCAUCCAACCCUGCAACGUAUGGUCCAAAAGCCUUGGCUUCUGCAACCAGGUUGGGAUUUCCAACUUGAUAUGGAGGGUCAGAGCUUGCAUCUCUACCAAACACAACCAGAAGACGAUAAUCGAUGGCUCGGCUUUGGGUCAAGUCAGGAUGGGGUCCAAGACACCCGUACAUCGUCACCAGCACCACGAGCGGUGAGAGAUCCGAUGGGAAAGGGGAAGGGCAAAGCCCAUUAG